CCGCGGGCGCGGAGCCGUGCGGGCGGUGAUGGCCUGAGCGGGCGGCGGGUCCGCGCCCCCUCGCACCUGCCGAGCGCGCUCCGCGGGCGCGGAGGGACGCGCAGCGCCAUGUCGCGGGUCGUGCAGAAGAAGAACCACUGGUCCAGCCGGGUGCGGCAGUGCUCGCUGACCCGCGGGCCCGGCGGGCAGCUGGGCUUCGCCCUGCUCGGCGGCGCGGAGCACGGCGAGUUCCCGUACGCGGGCGCGGCGGCGGGGGACGGCGAGGCGGCGCUGAGCGAGGGCGAGCUGCUGCUGGAGGUGCAGGGGGUCCGCGUGUCGGGGCUGCCGCGCUACGACGUGCUGGAAGUGAUCCGGAGCUGCAAGGACCCCAUCGUGGUGAAAGCCGUCCGACAAGGCAGCAGGCUGAACAAAGAUCUGAGGCAUUAUCUGAACCAGAGGUUUCAGAAGGGGUCUCCAGACCAUGAUCUGCAGCAGACCAUCCGAGACAACCUCUAUCGUCACGCUGUGCCUUGCACAACCCGCCCUCCAAGAGAAGGAGAAGUGCCUGGUGUGGACUAUAACUUUCUGACUGUGGAGGAAUUUCUGGAGUUGGAGCGAAGUGGGACCCUUCUGGAAGUAGGAACUUACGAAGGUAACUAUUAUGGAACGCCGAAGCCUCCAAGCCAGCCCCUCAGUGGGAAAGUGACUUCCACCAAUGCUUUGCAAAACCUGCAGUCUGGCUCCAAGCAGUCGACUCCAAAGCGAACCAAGUCUUACAAUGAUAUGCAAAAUGCUGGCAUAGUGCAUACAGAGAAUGAGGAAGAGGAUGAUGUACCUGAAAUGAGCAGUAGCUUCACAGCAGAGUCUGGUGAGCAAGAGGAGCACAAUACACAUACCGUGAGAGAGGCAGCCCCAGCGUCCACGAUUGAGAGGCACACCCACGUCCCCACCACGGAACCAUCUCAGAACCUCCCUCAAUACCUACCUCCUUCUGCCGAGGAUAACCUAGGUCCUCUGCCAGAAAACUGGGAGAUGGCCUACACGGAGAACGGAGAAGUCUAUUUUAUAGACCAUAACACAAAAACAACAUCUUGGCUAGAUCCACGGUGCCUGAACAAACAUCAGAAGCCUCUAGAAGAAUGUGAAGAUGAUGAAGGGGUGCACACGGAGGAACUGGACAGUGAACUAGAGUUGCCUGCUGGUUGGGAGAAAAUUGAGGAUCCUGUAUAUGGUGUCUACUAUGUAGACCACAUCAACCGGAAGACACAGUAUGAGAACCCAGUUCUUGAAGCCAAGAGGAAGAAGCAGCUGGAACAGCAGCAACAGCCUCCAGAAGGUUGGCACCCUCGAGGGUGUGAAUGGACAGAGGAGUGUCCAUCUCUCCCUCCAACUGCUGCUGCAAACCAUGUUUCAAACAACCAAGAGGCAGUUCGGGAAGCACCAGUACAAGGAAAACCUUUUUUUACACGAAACCCUUCUGAGUUGAAAGGGAAGUUCAUCCACACCAAGCUAAGGAAAAGCAGCAGGGGUUUUGGCUUCACUGUUGUUGGAGGAGAUGAACCAGAUGAAUUCCUCCAAAUCAAAAGUUUGGUGCUUGAUGGUCCUGCAGCGUUGGAUGGCAAAAUGGAAACAGGGGACGUCAUAGUCAGCGUGAACGACACCUGUGUGCUGGGGCACACUCACGCCCAAGUGGUGAAAAUCUUCCAGUCCAUCCCCAUCGGUGCCAGCGUGGACCUCGAACUGUGCCGGGGCUACCCCCUGCCCUUUGACCCCGACGACCCCAACACCAGCCUGGUCACGUCCGUGGCAAUUUUGGACAAAGAGCCCAUCAUUGUGAACGGUCAGGAGAACUACGACUCCCCGGCCAGCCACAGCAGUAAAACAGGGAAAGUAAAUGGCACAAAGGAGGCGAGGCCCAGCAGCCCGGCUGAGGUCUCCUCCAAUGGACCCCAUGGCUACCCCAACGACACGGUGUCUUUGGCAUCCUCCAUAGCAACACAGCCUGAACUCAUAACUGUGCACAUCGUGAAAGGGCCCAUGGGCUUUGGGUUUACUAUAGCAGACAGUCCCGGUGGGGGCGGCCAAAGAGUGAAACAAAUCGUGGACAGCCCACGGUGCCGCGGGCUGAAGGAGGGAGACCUCAUAGUCGAGGUCAACAAGAAGAAUGUGCAGAGCCUCACUCACAACCAGGUGGUGGAUAUGCUGAUUGAAUGUCCUAAGGGAAGCGAGGUCACGUUGCUGGUGCAGAGAGGAGGACUGCCAGUCCCAAAGAAGAGCCCAAAGUCGCAACCACUUGAAAGGAAAGACAGCCAAAACAGUUCCCAGCAGAGCGUGUCGAGCCACCGCAGCGGGCACACCGCGUCCCCCGCGCACAGCACCCAGGUGCUGCCGGACUACGCCACCCCAGAGGCACCGGCCCCCGACCAGCCUGACACCUCUGGGCAGAAAAAGCCAGAUCCAUUCAAAAUCUGGGCCCAGUCCAGGAGCAUGUAUGAAAGCCGACUUCCAGAUUAUCAAGAGCAGGAUAUCUUUCUAUGGAGAAAGGAAACUGGGUUUGGAUUUAGGAUUCUAGGUGGAAAUGAGCCUGGAGAGCCUAUUUACAUCGGUCACAUUGUACCGCUGGGUGCUGCUGACGCCGACGGCCGCCUGCGAUCGGGUGAUGAGCUGAUCUGUGUGGAUGGGACGCCUGUGGUGGGGAAAUCACACCAGCUCGUGGUCCAGCUUAUGCAACAGGCAGCCAAACAAGGUCAUGUCAAUCUGACCGUCAGGCGCAAAGUGGUUUACACAGUUCCCAAGGCAGAGAAUGAAGUCCCAUCCCCGGCCUCCUCCCACCACAGCAGCAACCAGCCGGCGUCUCUGACGGAGGAGAAGCGGACGCCGCAGGGCAGCCAGAACUCUCUCAACACGGUCAGCUCCGGCAGCGGCAGCACCAGCGGCAUCGGCAGCGGCGGCGGCGGCGGCAGCGGCGUGGUGAGCACCGUGGUGCAGCCCUACGACGUGGAGAUCCGCCGCGGGGAGAACGAGGGCUUCGGCUUCGUCAUCGUCUCGUCGGUGAGCAGGCCCGAGGCGGGGACGACGUUCGCGGGAAAUGCAUGUGUGGCCAUGCCUCACAAAAUAGGUCGGAUAAUUGAAGGGAGCCCCGCAGACCGCUGUGGAAAGCUGAAAGUAGGGGACCGGAUCUUGGCCGUCAAUGGGUGCUCCAUCACCAACAAGUCGCAUUCAGACAUCGUCAACCUCAUUAAGGAAGCGGGAAACACCGUCACCCUGCGCAUCAUUCCAGGAGAUGAAUCCUCCAAUGCUACUUUAUUGACCAAUGCAGAAAAAAUUGCUACAAUCACAACCACACAUACUCCUCAGCAAAUACCACAGGAGACCAGGAACAACACCAAACCAAAGCAGGAAUCCCAGUUUGAUUUCAAACCACCCCAAGCAGCACAGGACCAAGACUUUUACACUGUUGAGCUAGAAAGAGGAGCCAAAGGGUUUGGCUUCAGCCUGCGAGGUGGCCGUGAGUACAACAUGGACCUGUAUGUGCUGCGGCUCGCUGAGGAUGGGCCUGCUGAGAGAUGUGGGAAAAUGAGGAUCGGUGAUGAAAUCUUAGAGAUCAAUGGAGAAACGACCAAGAACAUGAAGCACGCUCGGGCCAUCGAACUGAUUAAAAAUGGUGGCCGCAAGGUCCGCCUGUUUCUGAAACGUGGAGAUGGCUCUGUCCCAGAAUAUGACCCCAGCAGUGACAGGAACAGUCCCGCCACAGGUUCACAAAAUGUAUCGGAAAUGAAACCCGCGCCAUCCGACCGACGGCAGCACCCAUCAUCGGAGUCCAGUUAUCCACCAGACCUUCACAAAUCAUCACAACACGGGGACAAGCGGACUUACGUUAGAGACCUAAAAGGCAGCAGAGAGUUUAGCAGACAUCCCAAUGAACACCACACUUGGAAUGGGACUUCUAAAACCAACGACCACGUGCCAGGCAGGAAGACAGAGAGGUCGCCACAGAGGAGGCCCGAAAGGCAGCCAGAGAGGGUGGUGGCAAACGGGCAGAAGAGGAGGUCUCCCGAAAAGCGCAGGGAAGGGACAAGGAGUGCUGACAACACUUUGGAGAGGCGGGAGCGACUCGAGAGGAGGAGAGACCUCUCUCCUGAGAGGCGCAGAGAGCGGUCGCCCGGCCGCCGGCGACGGUCACUGGAGAGGUUGACGGAGCCAAGGCGGUCCCCUGAGCGGAGAAGAGAGAACUCCCUUGACCGAAGGGCCAAGUCGUCCGACCGGCGGAGGGAGAGAUCUCCCGACAGGCGGCUCAGGGAGGAGCGAGUUGGCCACCGGGAGAGGGAAGACCCCGGCUGGAAGCACGAGGUGAGCCGCAGGCACCUGCCCGAGCAGCGCCGGCGGCCCUACAAGGAGUGCAGCACCGACCUCAGCAUCUGAGCGGCUCCCCUGGGGCCCCUGUCGCCUUCCCCACACCCAGGGAGCAGAGGAGACAGUGGAACCACCUGGCUUUCGCAGGCGACGAGGCAUCCGCCACCUGCUGAUCCUACAGACUGUUUAUGCAGAUGAAUUCUUAUCACAAAAAAAAAAAAAAAAAAAAAGCGUUGUGCCUGAUGUAUAAUAUUAAAGAAAGUAUUUUUCGGUGUAUUCUUUUUUUUUUUUUUAAUUACUUGCCAAAUGUUGGUCCUAAAGGAUUAUAAAAUUUUGUUUCUACAUUCUUUGUAGAUUUCUUAAAAAUAAUUUCUUUAUUGGGCUACUUUCCCCCCUCCCCAAUAUAGUAAGUGGGGGUAGCCAGUAAUAUAAUAUAGGCAAAGGAUUUUAUGACCAAGUUUGAAUAAUUUGAUCCAGACUGUUCUCUAGUGACUCACUGCUACACUGUAUGUAGAAAAUUUUUUAAGGGUUGGGGGUGGGGAAGGAAAAAAAUUGUUCAUCUCAGUAGGAAUGGAGCGCUCCUGCUGAAGGAAUUAAAAAGGAAAGAGACAAAUGUUCCUAAAAUUGCAAGGACUGUUUGAAGAGACUACUGUUUCAAUGAAGGAUAUUUAUAAUAAUAAUAAUAAAUAAUUAAAAAAAAAAAAAAAGCAACCGAACCCACACAGCACAAGAUGAUUUCCAAUAAGUAAUUUGUAGUUUGUUCCAUGAACAGUUUGUACUUUCAGGCCCCCUGGACAGGAUGCACAGAGGCAGAAGGACUGGUCACCACCAUGCCUGUGUCACAUGCUUGCUUGGACUGUUGAGCUCUCAUUAGCCUCAGCAACACGUAACGAUGAAAUGUCAUUAAGGCAGCAGCCCUGCUCAUCUCCCAGCUGUAU